UUUUUUUUUUUCUUUUGUAAAGCGAAGAAAUAAAUUUCUUUGGAAACUUAAAAGAGAGAGAGAAAAAGAAAAGGAAAAAUGAGAAAGGUUUCUGCUUGAAAGAUCCUUCACCCCCUCAAAAACCCCUUCAAAAUUUUCAGCCCUUCAACAAAAACCCUCUCUUUCUCUCACACGCACACAAGCACACACGCACACACGUACACACACUGGUAUGAGUGUUAUUUACCAUGGAGCAGCUUUAUGCGCAGUGAAUGCUGCCCGUUGCUUAAUCACACAAUUUUAGAAGUUGAAGGGUUAAACUGAAGCAGAUGGAUGUAAUUGAAUCUAUUGAUAAUCUCCCAGUGCAAGAUCCCCCUGGAGAAGAUUUCUGUUCAGCUAAUUUGGAUUGGUUCAAGCUUAGAAGUGCAGAGCGAUGUGAUGAUGUUGCUCUUAUACCAUAUGAUCGGGUUGAUGCCUUCAUAAUUGGAGAAUGUUCUAAUGUCGAGUGCCCAACCAGGUUCCACAUCGAGAGGGGCCGGAAACGAUCCAAAGGAACCUUAAAGGAAUACAAGAAUGAUGAGUAUUUGGAGUAUAGGCUGUAUUGGUGUUCUUUUGGGCCUGAAAAUUAUGGAGAAGGUGGAGGUACAUUGCCAAGUAGAAGAUAUCGGCUAAACACACGAAAUCGUGCAGCCAGACCUCAAUCUAUGCGGGGGUGUACAUGCAAUUUUGUUGUGAAGCGUCUAUAUGCCCGUCCAUCCCUUGUGCUUCUUAUAUAUAAUGAGAGGCGUCAUGUGAAUAAAGCAGGCUUUGUCUGCCAUGGCCCCCUAGAUAAGGAUGCAAUAGGCCCUGGUGCCAAGAAGAUUCCGUAUGUUUGUAGUGAGAUUCAACAGCAAACUAUGUCUAUGAUUUAUCUUGGUAUACCUGAGGAAAAUGUGUUGGAGAAACAUAUCGAGGGGAUUCAACGCUACUGUGGUUCUGAUCCAAAAGUGCAAACCCUUGCUUCACAAUAUGUGCAGAAACUUGGGAUGAUUAUUAAGCGUUCCACUCACGAGUUGGAUCUAGAUGACGAAGCCAGCAUUCGUUUGUGGGCUGAACGGAACAAGAAGUCCAUUUUCUUUUAUCGAGAUACAUCAGAAAAUGAGCCUUUUAUCUUGGGAAUACAGACUGAAUGGCAGCUGCAACAAAUGAUCCGCUUUGGCCAUCGGAAUAUCAUAGCGGUUGAUUCAACAUUUGGGAUUAAGAGACUAAAGUACCCAUUGUGCACACUUCUUGUUUUUGACUCAAGAGAACAUGUGCUCCCUGUUGCUUGGAUCAUUACUCGCAGUAUUGCUAAGCCAGAUGUCGCUAUAUGGAUGAAAUCACUACUUGAUCGAGUUCACUCAGUUGACCCUGGAUGGAAAGCCAACGGAAUUUUAAUUGAUGAUGCUGCUGCAGAGAUUGAGCCCAUAAGGGAGAUAUUUUCUUGCCCUGUACUUUUCUCCCUCUGGCGUGUUCGUAGGUCAUGGCUGCGACAUGUCGUUCAGAAAUGUACUAACAUUGAAGUCCAGAGGGAGAUCUUUAAACGUUUGGGCCAAAUAGUGUACGGCAUUUGGGGAGGAAUGGAUCUUGCUGUUGCUUUAGAAGAACUCUUGCUGGAUUUUGUUGAUCAAACUUCCUUUAUGCAAUAUUUCAAAGAUUCUUGGCUCCCUAAGAUUGAAAUGUGGCUUAAAUUAAUGAAGACUCUUCCACUUGCAAGCCAGGAAGCGUCUGGUGCAAUUGAAGCAUAUCACGUGAAGCUGAAAACGAAACUGUAUGAUGAUUCACAUCUCGGUUCCCUCCAGAGGGUUGAUUGGUUAGUUCAUAAGUUGACAACUGAGUUGCACUCUAGCUACUGGCUUGACCGUUAUGCAGAUGAAAGUGAUUUGUUUCCAAACGUGAAGGAUGAUUACAUUGCUUCGACGUCAUGGCAUCGAGCUCUCCAAAUCCCCGACACUUCUGUUUCCUUUGAUGAAAAAGAUCAACUUUUUGCUAAAGUUCUCAGUCAGAAGGACAGCAGCCUAAGUAAACUAGUUUGGAAUCCUGGUUCUGAAUUCGCGCAUUGUGAUUGUGAAUGGUCAUUACAAGGAAACCUAUGCAAGCAUGUGGUUAAGGUCAAUAUGAUUUGUGGUAAUAUGCCACACUACCAAUCUUCCUUAUCAUUUCAGUCUCUCAAAUAUAUCUUAAUGGAUCUCUGGAAGAAGCCAAUUGAUGAUUCUGUAUCACUUGACCUGUCAACUGCCUGGACAUUUCAAAUCCUCGACGAAGUUCAGAAGUUUGUGGAAUUGAAUAAUUCCAAUAAUAUAGGCCUUGUUGUAAACAAUAUGCCACUAAAGUGGGCGCCUAAGCGAGCUAGAACAUCGUCUGGCAGGCAGUCACUAGCUUUGCCAGGAACCACCAAGAAUUCUGCUACUAUUAGGGGUAGGAAGAGGAAGGGAUUGCAUCGCCUAAGAUGAUCCCUUUGUAAUUAUAGGAACCUGUUAUGGAAGAAGUCUGCAGUGUCUGAUGUCUUUGAUGAGAUACUCGAUAUUUGGUAUUCCUUGGAGGCCACAGGAUGAUAAGAAAAGAUGGGAAAUGCACCCGUGAGGCUGUGGAGCACGUGGCCGUGGUUGCCAGAGGUAACGAACUCAGGUUGGCCUUGAAAUUGCUCUACUUGACAGGAAUAAAGAACAUGCAGAUAUUGAAAUCGGCCCAAUUUUAUUCUUAGCCAAUGUUCUUGCAGCCUUCAUCUUCAACAGUAGCGAGUAUCGAGAUUGAACGUUAAAAUUCCCAACUUGUGCAUGGUUUUGCAGGUAACAGAAUGCAACCUGUGCCCAGAAGCCUCAAAUGUGGUCUAUUGGGUGUGUAUAUCCACAAACCAUUUCUUUGCCACCUCUCUCUAGAUUAGUGUAAACAGCGAGGGACAUUUCUUGUUAGUUUAUUGGAUUGGAGGUUAUUCGAGUAUUAAAAUUGUCUUUAUUUGUUAAUUCCAGUCAAUCUGAAUCAGAUUUGAUCCAAUAGAUGUUUGACUUGAGUUGCUUGAGCUUUUCA